UUGCAGCAAAAGUUUAUAUAAAAUCCAUAAGCACAGUAUUAAGAAACAAAACUCUAAAAUGGUUUGAAUUACAACACAUCAGAAGAACGUUUGUUACUCAUUUUCACAAGCAUUUUGCCAUUUUUUGCUUUCUUUUCUAUUUGUGGAUUUUGCACUGUGUUCUUUUACUUCUGGGAUCUCUCCUUUGAUUCAGCAGUCUUCAUUUUUUUUAUUCUGAGUUUUGACACUUUAGGUCUGGGGUGGGUCUUUGAAGAAGGCGCAAACUUACAGCGUCUCUUGGCCCACUGUUUUAGAGUGGCAGGUCCUCUGACUCGUGGCCACGCCCAUUUCACAAACCGUGGAAACUAGUCCAAGAUGACUGGACUCAUCACUGGCGUGUCGGAUUUUAAGGCAACGUUUCCCAUAUUAAUGUAAAACACCAAUAGAAAAUAAAUAAAGAAAAGCAGAGCAAUAUGGUAGCCAAAACGACCAGUAAAGGGACUAAAUAUCUUUUGAAAAAUUAACUUUGACGAAUUCUCAGUUGUAUUUACAGGUUUUUUUUAUUGUAAUGCUUUAUAUUUUGAUUGAAUUUUAUUUUAUUAAAACCUUUUGGUACAAAAUCAACUCAGAUUCUUAACCCAUUCACACUGCAUUUUGUUAGAAAUUCGCACUAAGAGGCGUAUUUAGAAUCAAAACACUGGCUGUUCCCUCCUUCCUCUCGGCUGAUAGGCUGAUAAAAGUCAGUGCGCCGUUUUUAAUGAGUUUUGAAAGCUUGAUGGUGUUGUGUCUACUGCGCAUGCGCUGUUGGUUGGCUUGAGGACUUGAACUCUUUCAGGUGUGAGAAGACAGGAGGUGAGAAACCUUCACUGAAACGUCUUCAGUCGCUACUAAGUGUUUGACUUCUGUACAUUUUCUUCUCGGUCAUCUGGACUAGACUAAGUCUGAGGAGAAACAUCGUCUUCAAAAGGUCGUCUUUAGCUAUGAAGGAGGUCUCCUCUCAGGCUCGGUGAGGUGAAGUGUGGAGAUUAUAUAUCUAGUCGUCUUCCGUUGGGUUUUCUCAGUGAAAAGUGAGGGAUGAAAGUGAAGAAGGAGGAAAGAGACGAAAAGGGCAAGAGAAAAUCAGCCCACCACCAUGAGAAACAUGACCACAGACAUAGGAAGAAGUUGAGGUCGGCAUCUGAGGAGACUGUUAAAGAGAAACAUUCAAAACUGAAUGGAAAGCACCACAGAUCAUCUACAAAUCACUCCGGCUCAGGAUCCCUAGGGAAAGUUCUGCAGGAGUCCAAAAUUACAAGCUCUGAAAAAGCAAAGUCUGAUUCUGGCAACAGUGGAUCUGAUGCUGAUAGCAUGGAUGUGGACACCAAAGAAGGCUUUGAAGAGAGUUUGAUGUCACUGGAUGGAAACAACAACUUGGCAACAAUGACUCUACGGCACGAGGAAUCAGGAAAUGAAGAAUAUACACUAGUUAAAAAAGAGACACCAGAGGAAACCAGCAAACACAAGAAGAAAAGUAAACACAACAACGGUGGUCACAGUCAUAAGAAGAAAGAAAAAAAUAGAGAUAAAGAAGAUGAUCUACAAAUGAGCAGAGAAGAAAAUGACCAGAACAGUAAAACCAGUAAAGGUUCAGCUGGUGACAAGAGGCAUAAAACCAGAGCAAAAGUGAAAAGGUCUGAAAAUGGCCCCACGUCUAAGACAACAAUCAAAGAGGAAGAGGAUGAGCUGCCAAACUUUGAUCUGAUCUCCGGCUGUGGACAAGUCAAGACUAAUACUGAAGUGACAAAAGAAAAACACAGUCCUGGAAAGGCUGCAGAGAAAGAGCCUACGGUCAGUACCACAAAAGAGAAAAAACGAGGUCAGGAGAAGAAAAGGAAAUCUCACAGCACAGAACAUGAUGAAGCAAAGAAAAAUAAAAAAGUCAAAAAAGAAGAGCAUGAGCACGAGGACAGGAAAGACGAGAAAGAAAAAAAAGAGGCAAAGAAAGCAGAAGAAGAGGCUGAUAAAUGGAAGUGGUGGGAGGAAGGGAAGCAUGCAGAAAAUGGUCAGAAGUGGAGAAGUCUUGAGCAUAAAGGGCCACUUUUUCCACCAGAGUAUGAACCUUUGCCAAGCAGUGUGUCAUUUUUAUACAAUGGAACGCCGGUAAAACUAAGCCCGGCAACUGAGGAAGUAACAACUUUCUAUGCCAAGAUGCUGGACCAUGAGUUCACCACCAAGGAGGUUUUUCAGAAUAACUUCUUCACUGAUUGGAAGGAGGUAAUGACAAAAAAUGAGAGGCAGUUGAUAAGUGAUCUCUCGCAGUGUGAUUUCAGCAACAUCCACAAAUACUUUGUGGAAAAAGCAGAGGAAAAAAGGAACAUGACUAAAGAAGAAAAACAGGUUUUAAAGGAGGAAGCCAAUAAACUUACUGAGGAAUAUGGCUACUGUCUGUUGGAUGGGCAUAGGGAGAAAAUCGGCAACUUCCGUGUGGAGCCUCCAGGCCUGUUUAGAGGGCGAGGGGAGCACCCUAAAAUGGGCAAACUGAAAAAACGUGUCCAGCCAGAGGAUGUGAUCAUUAACUGCAGCAAAGAUGUAAAGAUUCCAGAGCCUCCUGCAGGCCGCCACUGGAAGAAAGUGCAGCAUGAUAACACAGUCACUUGGCUGGCUUCCUGGGUGGAGAACAUUCAUGGGCACAUCAAGUACAUCAUGCUAAACCCCAGCUCUAAACUUAAGGGAGAGAAGGACUGGCAAAAGUUUGAAACUGCCCGUAAGCUGAAACUGAGAGUGGACUCGAUCCGGAGUGAGUACCAGAGCGCCUGGACCUCUCGUGAGAUGAAACAGCGUCAAUAUGGAGUGGCUUUGUAUUUCAUUGACAAGCUGGCUCUGAGGGCUGGUAAUGAGAAGGAUGAUGACACAGCAGACACAGUGGGUUGCUGUUCUCUGCGUGUGGAGCACAUCAACCUGCACCGCCACCUGGACGGCCAGGACUAUGUGGUGGAGUUUGACUUCCUGGGCAAGGACUCCAUCCGCUACUACAAUAAAGUGCCUGUAGAGAAGCGAGUUUACAAAAACUUGAAGCUUUUCAUGAAAUACAAGAAUCCAGACGAUGAUUUAUUUGACAGAAUUUCUACAAUCUACCUCAAUAAAAAGCUGAACGAGGCUAUGCCAGGACUGACGGCAAAAGUUUUCCGAACUUUCAAUGCUUCUACCACCCUGCAGGAGCAGCUGAACAAACUCACCAGCGAUGACAUGACGCUGCCGGAGAAGAUCCUGGCCUAUAAUCGUGCAAACAGAGCUGUGGCUCUACUCUGCAACCACCAGAGGGCAGCACCCAAAACAUUUGAGAAAUCCAUGCAGUUGCUGCAGGAGAAGAUCAAAAAGAAACAGGAGGAAGUGAAGAAGGCCAAAAAGGAGCUGAAACAAGCAAAGAAAGAACACAAGCAGGUUCCAUCGGAGGCGUCGCAAAAGCUGGUGCAGAAGAAGGAAAAGACUGUGAAGAGGCUGGUGGAGCAGCUAAAGAAGCUCCAGCUACUGGAGACUGACCGAAAAGAGAACAAGGUCAUCGCUCUGGGCACUUCCAAGCUCAACUACCUCGACCCCCGCAUCUCUGUGGCCUGGUGUAAGAAAAAUAACGUUCCAGUGGAGAAGAUCUACAACAAGACUCAGAGGGCCAAGUUUGCCUGGGCCAUCGACAUGACUGAUGAAAACUUCCAGUUCUAACACACGCAGAAGAGGAUGUGCUUUCCUUUGUUUGCUUUUUUCUCUUCCCUUCGACAUUUCUUUUGACCAUUCAAACAGCAGCUUUUGUUAAGUUUUUUUCAUGUGAUGUGUUUUUUGCCAAACUUAGUUAAAUAUGACAGAUAUGACGUGUCUUUUGUGUUGAAUUUGUUUGUGUAGUAAAAUGUGAAUACAAAGCUGAAGGUCACUUGCUUUUUUUUUCUUUUUUUUUUUCCUCUUGGGUUUUCCUUGAAGAGAUGUGUGGAUUAUGGAGCCCAUGUUGUAAGCAGUUUCAGUUUGAACUCUCUAGUUCUCAUCUGAGCUCUCUCGUUUUCUUUACAGUAUAUUAAACAUAGAAGCUGCAACUGUGUCACACGUGACUGGGACCAGUUUUCAGUGUCUCUUCAGUAGUGAUUAGUGAAUUCCUGAUCAUUGUGAUUAGUGCUCAGAAAUCAGUGGGCUUUUUGAUAAUUGGGGUGCUUUUUGUUUUGCUUUUUGCCCAUUGUUAUCACAGCCAGCCCCCUUUUUCCACAUAAGAGGCCUCCAUCAAAUGCUUAAAAAAGUGGUAAAAUACAUGUAAAAGAUCAGAAAGUGUCUGAAAAUGUCUUUAGAUCUAUAUCAUGUAUUAAAUUAAGCAAUGUCUGAUCCAGGCAUGUUUUAAUGGAUAGGGUAUCUGCUGAAUUAAGCCCACUCUGGUUCUCAUGUUCUUAUUUCUUUAUGCGCUCUGUUUACUCUGCUGUGGUAGAGGCGACACAAACAAACAUUUUCCACAAAAAUACAGUCUUCAGCAACAAUGUUAUAAUGCAGCAUGAAGCUAUUUUUAAGGUGGAAAAUGAAAACGUGUAGUAUCCGCAUUGCCCGUGUUUAAACUUGCCACCUUUUUCUAGGCCAGUGGUUCCCAAACUGGUCCUCGUGGACACCCAGAUGGUCCACAUUUACAUGCAUUCAAAAUGUGAGCAUGCACAUAUUACCCGUAAAGUCCAUUUCCUUCUGCUUUCUGUGCCAUCAAGACCCUGUAUAAAAUGCACUCCUGCAAUGUUUUCUCACAAGACA